UUCGAAUGUGUAGCGGCUUAAUGACAGCUUCUGUCGCCGGCUGUAGAGUGACGUAGUGGUCGCUAGAUACGCAUGCGCGUUGAGGAAUUUCGUGUUCUGCGACAUGCGGCUAAUAAAGAAACUAAAAUGUAACAGUUUACGCCAUCUCCAUAUACGGUACGAAUUGGUUUGAUUCAGACUUGUUGGAUGAUCAGCUGUGUUUUGAAAACUUACGAAACAUAUUCAAGAAACAAAGAUUGAGUUUUACAUCGAAAAGUACUGGCUAAUUUUCAAACAAAAUGACUACGGCCGCGAGACCCACGUUUGAACCUGCUAGAGGAGGACAAGGACGUGGUGAAAAAGAUUUAAGUGCAAUCUCAAAACAAUACAGCAGCAGAGAUUUACCGUCUCAUACAAAAUUGAAAUACAGGGAACAUGGACAAGGAACAAUCGAGGAAUUGCGAAACCGUGAUUUUCGCAAGGAAUUAGAGGACCGUGAACGUGAGAGGGAAAAGGAUAAAAGUUCUAACCGCCGUAUGAUAGAACCACCUAGAGAAACGUCCACGACAAGUGCUGCUAAAAGGCAGAAAAUUGAUCAAGUACCUACAGCAAGUUUAGAUGCAGAUGAUCCUCUUGACGAUGAUGAUUCAGAGUCAGAAAGUGACGAAGAUGAUACUGCUGCUCUUUUAGCCGAAUUGCAACGUAUUAAGAAGGAGAGAGCAGCGGAGCAAGCUAAGAAGGAAAUGGAGAAAAGACAGGAAGAGGAAAGAAUAAGAAUGGAGAACAUACUUUCUGGAAAUCCUUUAUUAAGUUAUUCUUCUCAAAGUGGAAGAACAGAUAUGAAAGUCAGACGAAGAUGGGAUGAUGAUGUUGUAUUCAAGAACUGUGCUCGUUCGGAACCGAAAAAGAAGCACGAUGUGUUCAUAAACGACUCGUUACGAAGUGAAUUCCAUCGUAAAUUUAUGGAAAAAUACGUUAAGUGAACGAACUACCGUAAGAAGUAUAUCGUAUUGUAUAUAGUUUUAAGAUAAUGUUAUCAUACUAUUUAUAAAUGUCUCGUACUCCAGACUGCAA